UUAUACAUUAGAUCUUAACAAUUGGUAGUUAUUAGUAUAUAUAUCCCUUUAAUAUAUUUACCCCUUUAUUAUUAUUAUAUUUACCUUCCUUAUCACUAUAUAGAAACAUUAGUAUAAAUAUCAAGCUACUUAUCAAUAAAACGAUUCUUAUCUUGUCAAUAUACUCUUCUUUUUUUUCACUGUUAUUAUAACAACUAUAUACACUUUUUAUUUACUUACAAUAUGGAUAUAUCUGCUUUUAUUCAAUGCUCUGGUUGCGGCUCGUACAGGCACAGACAAGACUACGUUGGUAGAACUCAAACAUACAACACCUGUACCUGCUGCCGAUAUAGACAGACUCCUCCUCGCCUUGCGCCUUCUAUGGACUCGAUGAUAUCCAUGGAUAGCUUGGAUAUACAUUAUGCUACAGAGCACAUUAGCAAUAACGGACCAGUAAAGUUCGAUUGGGAUAUUGCAAUGAGUGAAGAAGUUAUAGAAAAUUAUACGGAUGAUCAGAUCAUUGAGGAGGUGAUACAUCGGUUUGAAGAAAUUUCAGGGUAUCAUUUUGCUUUAAAGAAGACUGGUGAUCCUGUCCUGCGGCAAUCCAUUUCUUUUCACGCAUACUGUGUCCAAGACCAGACAAUACAACGGCAAUUACCAGAAGAACUCCAACAGCGUUUAACCUGCCGGAUGAACACAUAUAACUGCAAAGGGAAAGUUACUGGAUUUUUCGAUAGGGAGCAGUUAUGGGUUCAUGUGACGUACAAUCAUCGUCUUCAGCAUCAGUGCUCUGUUUUUACUGAAAGAAACGAGACACCGUUGGCAAUUAGGGAAUACAUCGAACGACAUGCUCUCAACUUGGAUUCUGCCCAUCUUUUCCGGAACAUACGUCAAGAGUUUGGUGGAGCGCCUAUGAUAACGCAGGCUCAAGUCUACAAGUGGUAUCAUCAUUAUCUUCGACAGCAUUAUGAACAUCACGAUGAUCAAUUUAUUUCCGCUCGUAUUUUGAUCCAGCAAAACAACAACAACGGCUUUGAAGAGGUUUUGGGCUAUUGAAAAUAACUGGCAAGGUUUUGGUUUCAAGACACAGUUCUUUAACAUUUGUGCCAAUUCAUCCCGAUACGUUACCGAAUAUCAUAUUG